UUAGUGAUCAUAUUCACUUCUAGUCAGACUGGCUGUAAUGGUUUUAAUUUGGAUCUUGUUAAUCUGUUUAUGUUUUGUCUUUGCAUUGAGGAUUGAUUUAUUAUGAGACUUGUGUUUUAGGGCUUUGAUAGUUGUGUUAGAAGAAUGCACUGUAUGUAAUUGCUCCCAAUUAUGUCUUUAAACCCCCGUGAUUUGUGUACACAUCUAUAUUUUCUUUAUAACUUUUGCCCAGAAAAAAGAAAAAAAAAAAUUAGCUGUAGUUGGGAUCAUGACUAGACUCUCUGUUUUAGCAGGCUUUUGUAUUGAGUACUCGCUCUCUUUUCCCUAUGUUUUUUUAAUACCUUUUGCUUGGGGUCUGGGUUAUUUUGGCAUAUAAAGUGAUAUUCAUAUGCACCAUCUGUUUUGUCUGUGCUUCAAUUGAUGAGGUUAGUCAGAAAUUUUCUGUCAACAAUCAACAUUUCAUUGCUUCUAAUUGAAUGAGAUAAUGGUAAUGGAUCACACAGACAUGUAGGUGAAAGAGACAGGAAAAAGGAUACAAACUAAAUACUAAAUGCUUUGAAAAGCACAAAAUUGGAGGAGCCCCUUGUGAUAUGGAGGAUGACUGAUGAGCAAAACUUUUUUUUUUUACUUGUUUAAGUUUUACUUGUAGGUCACUUGUUAGUUUUUGAUAAUGCAGGCAGAGCUUGUACACAGAAUCCAAUAUACAUUGAACAAAGAGUUUUCUGAUCGUUGAGAUGUUUUUUCUUUUUUAUUAUUAUUAUCAUUGGCAAACUUUCUUUUCUUAAUUCAAGGAAGAAAUCCUGACAUUGAGUGAGGCGUUUUCCUUCAGCAGUAGUUUGAAUUUCAAGUCUCAGCUUACAAUUUUGACUUUCAGGAUGAGGCAUUGUGAUGGUCAUCUUUCCAUCAUGGUGAAGGAGUUUCCUUAUGAUAAUCAUAUUGUAACAUGUAGUAGAAAAGCAACUUGAAGACAAUAAUUGCUUAGUGGAGUUAUUCAUGUCAGACGCAUAUAUACUGAAAGAUGGGUCUUUUCUUUUUGUCUUCAGGCUUUGGAGGAGACAAAACAGUUUUUGACAUUUAAAUUUUUAUUUGCCUUUUUCUUUCUUCUUGGCGGGUGAAACUUUUUAUGUAUGGUAUUUUUUUUUCUUUUUCUUCUUUUUGCAGAUUCAUGCAUUUCCAAUAGCAAGUUUUUCAGAGAGGGUCAUAUGUCAUGUAUCAUAAUCAUUUGAAACAGUCUCAUGGAUUUCUAGAAAAUAUGAAUUGGAACUUUUUGCUGUGGUCUAUAUUUUUCAUUCUCUAAGCAGCAGAAAGUUGGUCAACAGAAAGUAUCAUGGCGGCUAAUGAAAAUCUUCCCCCAAAUGUUAUAAAGCAACUUGCAAAGGAAUUGAAGAAUCUUGAUGAAUCUCCCCCUGAGGGAAUUAAAGUAGGUAUUAACGAUGAUGAUUUUUCAACCAUAUAUGCUGAUAUUGAGGGCCCAGCUGGGACUCCAUAUGAAAAUGGUUUUUUUCGCAUGAAGUUAUUAUUAUCUCAUGACUUUCCACACUCUCCUCCAAAAGGUUACUUCCUGACCAAGAUUUUCCAUCCAAACAUUGCACCCAAUGGUGAGAUUUGUGUCAAUACACUUAAAAAGGAUUGGAAUCCAAGUCUUGGGUUACGACAUGUUCUCAUUGUAGUUAGGUGUUUAUUGAUUGAACCAUUUCCAGAAUCAGCCUUAAAUGAACAAGCAGGCAAGAUGCUACUUGAGAAUUACCAGGAGUAUGCUAGACAUGCCAGACUUUACACCGGGAUCCAUGCCAAGCCAAAACCCAAGUUCAAAUCGGGAGCCAUUUCCGAGUCUACCACGGCUCUGAAUGUUGACCAGACUAACACCUCAGUUACUGCUGAUCAGAAGAGCAUAACACCAGAUGUUGCAUUGCCAUUGCCAUCCCCAUUGGCACCUUCUACAACACCCACCAAGGGAAAUGGGCUGGAGCAGCCUGCCUCCUUGGCACCAACAACAGAUACAGUAGUUAGUGGGUCUGCUGUGGCUGCAGCUGCCACCGCACAAAAGAAGGAAUGUGGAUUGGCAAAAGUUCACGCAGACAAGAAAAAACUAGAUGCAAGAAAGAAAAGCUUGAAGAGAUUGUAAACUUACGUAGACAUGAUUGAACUGAAAUUAUGGGAUUUGUGGCCAAACUUUUGUCGUCCAUUGAUGGGGGAUGGGGCAAGUUGGGGCAAAUUUGGGGUUUGGGGAGGUGAGCGAAUGCAUGCUGUAAUGAAUAUUUCCAUUGGACAAUGUGACUCCUGUUGUAAAAUUGAAGUUUCUGUAUGCGUUU